UUAGCUUCGUCUAAAACCUGUUUCUAUUAAAUAAAAAAUAUAAGAGUUGGUUUUUAACCGGAAAAUAUCAAAAAAAUGUGAAAUUAUGAAUUAAAAAUCUUAAAUUAGAGCUUGGAUUAAUCAUGCUCUAAUGGACCUAAAUGUAUAUUUAACAACGUGUUUCUUACUUCGUAAGAAUUUGCUCCAUAAAAUUAGAAGAACAGCACUCAUUGACUUUGACAUUGACAUGUGGGUAGAAUAUGAAGAAACUUUGAAUAGUUAAUAGAAUUAUUCUAUGGAACAUCACGAACAAUUUUUCUGCAAAUUUUAUGGUCUUCAAACGACUUAGCUAAUUAUUCAUCACCAGAGACAAAUUUAAAAUUGACUUUGUGAUACCGUGUAAUACUGAUGUCAAAUGAUUACGACCACAUUCAAAUUUCUUUUCCAAUACGUUCUAUGUAUUAGUCCAUUGACCCAUAUUGCACAUAUGAAGAUAUAUUAUAAGCUAGAAACACCAUUUGUUAUAAUAUCAAUGCGAAGGGGUUUUUGCAGCUAUACAAAACAAUAUGAAGAUUCUGAUUUCUCUUUUAAUGUUUACUCUCCUCUUUUCGACUACUAAAUCAAGAGUAACUGAUUCAAACGAUGGUGUUUUUGAAGAGGUUAAGGUUGGUUUGGUGGUUGACUUGGGUUCCGUAGAAGGCAAGAUUCUCAAAACCUCUUUUACCUUAGCGCUUUCAGAUUUCUAUGGUGUAAACAGUGUCUAUCGAACAAGAGUCUCUAUUUUAGUAAGAGACACCCGUGGAGACCCUCUCCUUGCUCUUGCUGCCGCUAGAUAUCUUGUCAAGAAAGCAAGAGUGGAAGUCAUUGUUGGUGGACAAUCAUCACAAGAAGCAAAGCUGUUAGCGGCGCUUAGCGAUAAAACUAAACUUGUAGUGAUAUCUCCUUUCUUGCCGUAUACGUUAUGUUUGAACAAGUACAGUCACUUGAUCCAAUGGACGCAUGAUACGGCAUCAGAGGCAAAAGGAAUUGCGAGUCUCGUGCACGAUAUCGCUUGCAUUCUAGCAAAUGUAGUAGAGAGGAGAAGUCUAAGAGCUAAAGCAGCAACACGUAGUGGUGCUGCUGAUGAAGCCUCUUGGAAUGUGUCGGAUCUUGUAAGGCUAAUCAAACAUAGUAGAAGAUUCAAUGGUGACAGCCAAAUCAACAAAGAGACAUUUGAAAUCGCCAAUAUUGUAGGGAGAAAAGAGAGAAGGAUAGGAUUAUGGAGGCCUGGUGGAUCUAACAAAGUCUCCCCAAGGCACCGUUUCUUGGCAGAGAGUGGUGAAAAGAAGAAGUUGCUCAGGGUGUUAGUUCCCUCAGUAAAUAGGGUCCCAAAUCUAGUGAGGGUGAGUCCUGAUCCUGAAACUGGUGUUGUUACUGUCACUGGAUUAUGCAUGGAGAUUUUCAAGACUUGCAUGGAUCCUCUUAAGUACGAGCUGGAGUUCAUACCUUAUAAUGGAAGCUAUGACAAUCUCGCUUAUCUACUCUCUACUCAGAGAGACAAAUAUGAUGCAGCUGCUGGUGAUUUAACAAUCACUUCCAACAGAUCUUCAUAUGUUGAAUUUACAUUGCCUUUCACAGACAUUGGUAUAGGUGCCCUGACACUGAAGAAGAAGAAACAUGGCAUUUGGGCCUUCUUUGACCCUUUUGAGAAACUCUUGUGGCUAGCAAGUGGAGCUUUCUUCAUCUUGACUGGGAUUGUUGUCUGGUUGGUUGAACGGCCCGUUAAUCCGGAGUUCCAGGGAUCUUGGAAACAACAACUUGGUACAAUGCUAUGGUUUGGAUUCUCUACCAUUGUAUUUGCUCACAGAGAGAAGCUGCAAAAAAUGUCAUCAAGAUUCUUAGUGAUAGUUUGGAUGUUUGUUGUGUUGAUAUUAACUGCAAGUUACAGCGCCAACUUGACAUCAACCAAGACCAUUUCUCGCAUACAAUUAGAUAAUCCCCUGAGUUUUGGUCCUUCCAUGAUGAAGAUUAGCAACUCCGUCAAUGCGAUUGAGGUCUACGCUCAGGUUUUGCGAGAUGGAACUCUCAGUCAUGUAGUCGAUGAAAUACCGUAUCUCAAUAUACUUCUAGGACAGUAUCCAGACGUUUUCGCAAUGACAGAUAGAGAGGCUAUUACCAAUGGCUUUGGCUUCAUGUUCCAGAAAGGUUCGGGGUUGGCUCCUAAAGUGUCACGAGAAAUAGCGAAGCUAAGGACAUCGGGAACGUUGAAAGACAUGGAGAAAAGAUGGUUCCAAAAAAUGGAUUCAUUCUAUGUAAAUUCCAACGACAAUGAUGAUGACGACGACGGAUCUAACCGCUUCACCUUCGGUGAGUUGGGCGGUUUGUUCAUCAUUGCGGGAGCUGCUCAUGCUCUUGUGCUAGUCAUGCAUCUCUUUCAGACACGUCGUGAGAUUUACCGUGUUUUGUGCGAAUCUCGACUGCUAACUAAGCUGAAAAGCUCUGCCAGUCUCUGGAGAUGCUAAAAAAAAUUCAUCAUAUAUCUUUUCCACUUUAAAAAAUCAUAUAACCACAAUACUAGACUAUUAUUAUUUUUGUCAUACUAACACAUUUUUGGGAAAUUUGUUAAAUUUUAUAUAAUAAAACAGUCAGAUCAACACAACAAAACAACUAAAGAAAAUGCCAUGCAUAUAUGCCUCACAUAAGAAGGAAACAUCGAAAUCGAACGUUCCAGUAUCUUAUAUUUUGUUAUUUUCAUUGAAAAAUGGUUUUAUUCCAGAGGAUCAAACGACCAGCAUUGCUCCAUCAACUUUCUCCACUCUGCUUCACACCGUUCCGGUACCUGAGGUCUCAACGUUGAAAUGGUUUUGUUCACAAAAGGAAAAUACGACCGUUGAAAUGGUAAGGUAACUUUUUCACCGUUGUGAUCAAUUUUUCUUCUUUUCUUAUUUGACAAAAGGAAAUACACUUAUCAUUCACAAGUCGCAUGCAUGAUAGAUUAUUACCAAGUCCCGAAAAAAAUAUGACCGUGUAACGGUAAGAAAACUUAAUGUUCUUUUGCAGCAUUAACUGAAAAAAAAUAAUACAACGGACAGAAUCCAUUUCCCCGUUUUCUUCAACACUUUUCCUAUAAAUACCCUCACUCUUACUUCACUUGAAACAUCAAAAUUUCCCCCUCUUUAAUUUCUUUAUAAGAAUUGUUGUUUCUUCUCGAUCGUCCAAAGCUGUUUUUUUCUGAAAAAGAAUAUUUUGUUUUGAGGAACUUAUCUGUUGCAUCACUUGUUUCAUGGCAUUUACUGUGUUCUUCUGGAGGAUGUUCCGGCUGUGACAGAGUCACAGAGGUUACUACCAGAGUGGGGACAAGCCAAAAUGACGGAGCUAUCUCGAUCAUGGAGAGGUUUACGAGCACCUUCGUGAGCAAAGCUGUGUGGAAUGUUUUACUGAGAGGAUCCCUUCUUCUCCGAGCCUUAUCCAUAAGAUUGAUACGAGGAAAGCAUCUCGUUUCGUGUCAAAGAUCGACUUCGGAUCCGGUCAGGUUUCUUCUUUCACUUUUUAUUUUUGACUUUAAAUUUUGAUAUUAUAUAUAUAUAUAUAUAUAUAUAUAUAUAUAUAGUUUUUGCACAGUCGUGUCCAUAAAAUUUUAUUUCUAUGGUUCGUUAGAGAUGUAUAUAUGUUUAACAUGUUCUUCUUAUUGUAAAUUUAAGACUUAUACUAGCUUUCAUUUUGAAGAAAAGUCUAAGUGAUAAAUUUCAAUACAUUGAAAAAACCAAACUAUUGCAUCCUGUCUAUAGAAUUUCUAUGGUCUGUUAGAGGUGUACGUGUUUAAUAUGUUUUUUUGUAUUGUAAAUUUAAAACUUGCACUAAUUUUCAUUUUGGAAAAAAAUAUAAGUAGUAAAUUUCAAUAUGUUGAAACAAACCAAACUUUUUCAUUAUGUCCAUAGAAAAUUUUAUGGUAUGUUGUGUAUAUGUUUAAUAUAUAUUUUUAAUAUUGUAAAUUUAACACUUAAACUAAUUUUCAAAGUUUUGAUUUAGUUAAAGUUUUCAACAACAAUAUGUUUAACCUGCUUUUCCGUAUUGUAAAUUUGACGAGGGAAGGGCAAGCCAAAUGACGGAGCUAUCUCGGAGGUGAUCAAAAUUAUUGAUAAGAAGGAAUCAGAGGAUCAAGGAGAUGCACUGAAACAGAAGAGUAUCAAGAAACCCAAAAAGUAAGCCAACAUGGAGCUGGGGUAGUUCACAUUU